AUGUCCCCCAUGGCCAAUCCGUCCCGCAGUGAAUGUCUCUCACAGGAAUUUUAUCCAUCCAGCUAUCCUCUCAGCCCAACGAUCCUGCGUCUGGACUGCUCUUGUAGUCACGUAGCGUUAAAAAAGAAACAUCCUUGGUGGAAGGCUGCAGAGACAGCAGAAACCGACGCAUUCAACGAAUCCAAAGCCGCAGCUAUGUUUGCACUCCUGUUCAGCCGUGACAAGCGAUUGUUACGAGUCCGCGUUAGCCACAGAGCACAGUGCUCAACGUCAAUGAGGUCACCUGCUUCAUCAAACUCAGAUGACGAGACUGAGGGGGACAUGAGCUUGUUGAAAUUACACGAAGCGUUGCGGGCUCAAAAAGCUAGGCGCCAUCUGUGUACUAUCCUCAGCAAGGUGAGUGGGCUAGAAGAUGUGACUGAAUCUGAACUCGCUCUGCACGCCAGUGUAAUGGAUGAUAAUUUUCUCUGAUACAGCGUAAAAAUAAUCGCUUGGAUACCCAUUCGAGGUAAACCCCUAGCUGCCGACAUGUAUCCGAGCGGAUCUGGAACCUCGUGAUCUGUGGAUGGUAUAAUGAAUGGCUUUACUGUUCAUCAUGCUCCCGAUUAGUUGUGCAC